CGAAAAAAAAUUCAUGGAAGCGAUGUUGAGAUAGGACACUAGAGAGUUGGGCUAUUUGUAUUCUCAGCUAUGUCUUCCAAACACCCGUUUUCUCCAGCCAUCGCAGGAAAAGGUACUCCUGACUUCGGGGUGGUUGUUGAUGUGGACCAGCAGGUGUGGAUCUUUCGUGAUCAGGCCCUUGUGUCAGUUCCACAAAACUACACUGUAACUCCAGUUACUGUGACUAUCCUCCCAUGCAAGUACCCAGAGUCACUUGAACAGGGCAAAGGGAUUCCCAUUUACUUGGGAAUUCAGAAUCCAGAUAAAUGCCUGUGUUGUAAGGAAGUUAAUGGACAUCCCACUUUGCUGCUGAAGGAAGAGAAGAUUUUGGAUUUGUACCACCAUCCUAAGCCAAUGAAGCCAUUCUUGUUUUACCAUACCCGAACAAGUGGAAUGUCCACCUUUGAGUCAGUGGCUUUCCCUGGGAGUUUUAUUGCCUCCUCUGGGACUGGCAGACCCAUCUUCCUCACAUCAAAAAAGUGGGAACAUUACAACAUUAACUUCAAUUUAGAUAUAAAGUCUUGA